AUGCCGAGGUGCUAUAUGGUGAAGAAAGCAUGCAACAAGUAUCAGACUUCAGUAAGGGAUUGUUGGAGCGUCGCGGCGGCGACACAGGAUGAAGAGCGUGAAGAGGCGCCGGCAGGCCCUGUAAGUCCAACUGAGGGAUGCGUGGCGCCACCCAGCCCAGGCGCCUACUAUAGACCUCUCACCACCAUCACGACACAACACAGUUAUCUACAUGAAUUCAUGCCUCAGGGUCCCGAGGAUCUUCCGCCAGCUCCGGUGCACACCGAAGUACUGUCCCACGAUGGAGGAAUCCCCAUCUUUCGGAUGCGCAGCGUAGAGGAGACAGAGGCGGCUCAUGACCUUCUGGAGCUGUCCCGCUCCCUGCCUCCUCUCCCGGCCCCGAGCGUGGCCACAGUACAGGAACCUGUCCCGUGCUACAGGCUGCAAGAGCCGCCGACCCACCACGAGCUCCCUCCUUGCUACAGUACCCCAGAACCUCCAUCCCCGGAACCCCAUAGCCAAGCAUACCCUCCGCAGUCACCAGUCUCACAGCCAUGUUAUCGCCCGCCGUCCCCGGAGCCACUGUCGUGUUACCAGACACCGCCAUGCUACAACCCACAGCCAGAGUCUGCGAAACCCCAGCCCCCACCGUCCCUGACUCCGCCCACCUCGGAGUACUCCUCGGAUGCGGAGAACAACAAUCCGAACCUGCAGUCCGUGACAAUAGGAGAGGUGCGUCAGCAAGAAAUCGUUGGGUCGGAAACACACCGUGUCGUCAAAAGUUCCGUGGUAUACACCUAUGACGCGUUAUUGGUAUCGGACGGACGAUCAAAGAACAAGACCAGCAGCAACAAGUCGUCACCUCUUAGCCCCUGCUCCUCCGAGAAAGAGGAUUCCUGUGACACUCCUGAGUCUUCUCAAAGUAGCGGUAAACAAGGUCGUUACGUGUGUUCCGAAUGCGGGAAACAGUAUGCAACGUCGUCCAACUUGUCACGCCAUAAACAGACGCACCGAAGCCUUGAUUCUCAGUCCGCCAAGAAGUGUGUCACGUGCGGGAAAGCAUACGUGAGCAUGCCCGCGCUGGCCAUGCACCUCUUGACGCAUAAGUUGUCUCACGCGUGCGGUGUGUGCGGUAAGCUGUUCUCACGGCCCUGGCUCCUACAGGGACAUCUCCGCUCGCACACGGGCGAGAAGCCGUUCGGAUGUGCUCACUGCGGCAAGGCAUUCGCUGACCGUUCCAACCUGCGCGCGCAUAUGCAGACACAUUCUGCCGACAAGAACUUCACAUGUACGCGCUGCCAUAAGUCUUUCGCACUCAAGUCUUACCUCAACAAGCACCUCGAGUCCGCGUGCUUCAAGGACGGCGAUAGUGAGGAGCUUGGCGUUGUCGCGCCAGAUUCUUUUGAAGAGGAGACGGCGGAAGUGGAAAUUGAACUGGUUUAGUUCGAUCAGCAGCUACUAAUUUCCAAGCAGUUGUUCUUUCUUCUCUGAAGGUCAUGUCAUGAGAACUCGUGUAAGUAAACUUGCAAUGCUCUACAGAGAUAUGAAGAAAUGCUCGGAAAACUUCACAAUUUAUUUCAAUGCUCCUUUAGUUACUCGUUGAUAAAACGUUUAAUAAUAGGGAUAACCAAAUAUUACAAUAUACCUGCUCAAGAUUAAUAAUUAUAUUGCAUACAAUUAAUUCAUAAAGAUAAUGACUAAUUUUCUAAGCAUAGGGAUUUCGUAUACCGGACAUAAAAAAGAUGACAUGUCAUUUCCUAAAUUUCAGUAUUCUAGAAGGUCCUUUUUGCAUGGAUUAUAUUUAUAUUUGUAUAUAGAGCCUACACUUUAAGUUAGUUUAUUAUUAUCUUAAUUGUAGACUAUAAAAUGGCACUAAAUCGAAGUCCCGACCGCUGUUAUUCGGAGGGAAUUCUGUGCCAAUGACAUUGACGCGAGCUGCACCCCAAUGUUGCUAGUUGCACGUAUUUCAAGGUACGAGAAACAGUAGGAGCUUGUCUGACGGAAUAG